AUGAUCUUUGCCACCCCAACUCGGACCCCGCUGGCGUUCUGGAGACGGUGUGCAAUGCUUAACCCGUCCAUGUCGCACAUGGUCUAUAACAACGUUCCGCCCGUGUCUGGCAGGACAAAUACAACAGAUGCCACCCCUUAUUUGACUCUUGCCACCCCAUUGCCACCCCUGGACACAGCCCAGCUAUUAAUCACUGGCACAGCCCGGGUGGAUGAGACACACCUGCAGCUCAUCUCCCUCAUCAAGAGAGGGAGAUGUAAGGGGAAGGAGAAGACCUACAAAGGAGAGGAUGGUCUCACUCCAUUACAUGAUCCAGCGAUCACACUCACCUUCAUAGACUGUGUUGCUACACAGAUCUUCUCCCCACACCAGCUCACCCUCACUAGCAAUCUGAGAAUAAAACACUCUCUGGGGUUUUGUUCCAACUCCUCACUUGAUGAAAUGCCUCGAUCAUUUCUAGUGAAGAGUAAGAGGGCGGGGCAUCACCCCUCACGCUCCGCCCACUCACAGCAUCAGCAGCAAGAUGGAUGGGUGUCCAGCUGUCACUCAGAGACGAUAGAACUGGCGCCCAGUUUACCUACUGACACCAGCAGAAACAAAUGUUCAUCACUGCAUUGGACCAAUACCAGCUCUGAUGGCAAACACUGGAACUCCACUGCAGGGCAUCAGUGUGGCGUCUGUCAGGCGUCUCACUCUGAGCUGUCGUCCUCUGCUGUGGUGUUGGAGAGAGAGACAGACGUGGAGCGUCUGAUUCAAGCGUUACUCAGUCACCGUCAGCUGAUGACCGCUCAGACGCCGCUGUGUGAGUGUUCGCUCUGUGAGAAGCUCUGGUCCUCUGUGGUGGGUUUGGCAUCUCACUUGUGUAAGUCACAUGUGAACAGGCCUGCUCUCCCAUUGGCUGGCUCCACAGGCCACGCCCAGCAGCACUAUGUGUACAGACCUUCAGGAAUACUCAGGGUGAAGGAGAGGUCGUUUGGCUGUAAGGUUUGUGGGAAGGUGUUUAAGCGGUCAUCGACUUUAUCCACACACCUGCUGAUUCAUUCGGACACGCGUCCGUUCCCUUGUCCGUACUGUGGCAAGAGAUUCCACCAGAAGUCUGAUAUGAAGAAACACACAUACAUACACACAGGUGAGAAGCCUCAUGUGUGUGUGGUGUGUGGUAAAGCGUUCAGUCAGAGCUCGAAUCUGAUCACACACAGCAGGAAACACAGCAGCUAUCAGCCGUUCAGUUGCUCGUACUGCACACUGAGGUUCCAGAGGAGAGUCGACCUGCAGGGACACCUACAGACACACACAGAGAACGACAGCCGACUCUGCCAGGACACCUGA